CCUUAUUUCAGUUUUGAAUUUUGACUCGAAUCGUCGACCCGUGGAGGAAAAAAGUCGAUGUGGCGAUCUGGUGAAAGCGUCUUAGAGAAGGCCGUGGCGCUGCUGUCAGUCAGUGUUCAGUCGUGAAGCUAGGUUACCCAAAGGUGCUAAAAGUGUCGGCCCUGUUUUCACCAAUGUUAUUGUUAUUUAUCGGCGUUUCCCCUUGGCCUGUGAUGUUCUAACGGCAGCGAGGAUGAGCGGAGAAGAGGAUUCGGGCAUGUACUACUCGGACGAGGAUUACGAUGCCUAUUACAACAUGGACGACUGUGAUAUCGAGGAGAAGGACGUGAACGACGACCCGGAGCAUUUUAACUACGAGUGUCUGUGUGUCGAGGAGGUGGAGAGGUUGCUCAACGAAUCCGUCGAAGCGUUGAGCGACGACCUGAGGAUUACGCCCAGCCUGGCGAAAGUCGUUUUGCAUACGCACGAAUGGGCCGUGGUUCCGUCGGCCCUGGCGUACAAGAACAACGACUGGGCGAGGUACGCGUCCGGGGGGAGGCCGAGGAUCGAACUUCUGGGCCAGAAGCUCCGCUGCCCGGUCUGCUUCGUGCCAGCCCUACCCGAGAAGUUCUCGAGCCUGGCCUGCGCUCAUCUGUUCUGCAACGAGUGCUGGUCGACACAUUUCGAGGUUCAGAUACAGCAGGGAGUUUCGACCGGUAUAUCCUGCAUGGCGCAUGACUGCGGCCUCCUCGCCCCCGAGGACUUCGUACUUUCCCUACUUACAAAAAUGCCCCUGAGGGAGAAAUAUCAGGAGUUCGCUUUUAGAGAUUACGUCAAGUCUCAUCCUGAGCUGCGCUUCUGUCCCGGACCGAAUUGCAAGAUCGUGUUCAGGUCGAAAGAACCCAAGGCGAAACGAGUCUCGUGCAUCAACUGCAAAACGACCUGCUGCUUCCGAUGCGGCACGGAAUACCACGCCCCGACUGACUGCGCCACGAUCAGAAAAUGGCUCACAAAAUGCGCUGACGAUUCCGAAACAGCCAACUAUAUAUCAGCGCAUACAAAAGACUGCCCUAGGUGUCACAUAUGUAUAGAGAAAAACGGAGGCUGCAAUCAUAUGCAGUGUUAUAACUGUAAGCACGAUUUCUGCUGGAUGUGCCUAGGCGACUGGAAAUCGCACGGUUCUGAGUAUUACGAGUGUUCGAGGUACAAGGAGAACCCGAAUGUGGUUAACGAAUCGGCACAUGCCCAGGCGAGGGAGGCGCUCAAGAAAUACCUCCAUUACUACGAGCGUUGGGAGAACCAUUCAAAAUCUCUCAAACUCGAAGCGGAAACACUCGAGAAGAUCAAAUCGAGGAUAAACGCGAAGGUGAUGACUUCAAGCGGGACAUGGAUAGACUGGCAGUAUCUCAUAGACGCGGCGUCGCUUCUCGCCAAGUGUCGAUACACCCUGCAGUACACGUACCCGUACGCCUACUACAUGGACGCAGGUUCGAGGAAGGAGCUUUUCGAAUACCAGCAGGCGCAGCUCGAGGCCGAGAUAGAAAACUUGUCAUGGAAAAUCGAACGAGCCGAAACGACAGACAGGGGCGACCUGGAAAACCAGAUCGACAUAGCAGAAAAAAGGCGUACGACUUUGUUAAAAGACUUCUUAGACGUAUGACACCGACCCUCUUAACUUCGACUACUUUCCCUUUAUAUACAUUUUUUUCUAGUCUUUUUUUCCUCCCUUACGCAAGAAAAUCAUAAAACACCUUCUUUCCCCCUAUCCUCCUCUAUAAACAAAAAAAGUUAUAUGUACAUAAUAAAUUAUGUUAAAAAUAAAACUUCCAAUGUAAAUAAAAUAGUUAAUAAAAACUUUUUUUGAAAAAAAAAAAACAUGCACUUUGGCCUUAAAAUAUAAAUAAAAGCCGUAGAAUUUUUUUUGUGUGUUUUUUUAGCGAAUAUUUACAAAUACGACACCCCCUCCUGUGUAAAGUCGCAGAAGAACGGACUUCCUGGAGGGAUUUAUAACAAAAAAAA